UUCUCGAAUCCCUUUUCCAUCAUUUCAUGUUGACUUUUUUUGGUGCAAUUUGUUCAGCUUCGUUCACACCUGGUUUUGAGAGCACUUGUUAACUUUUAUUGGAUACUUUAGGCUUUUACCUUUCCACCAGGAGUCGUAAAACUGCAAAUAUAUUUCGGGAAUUCGUGCGCCGCUGCCAAUAGAAGAGCUCUGUAACUAAAGCCAACUCUUUAUCUAUUUGCCUAACAUGUCCUUUCAUUUGAGCACUAAGGAGCGUUUGCUAUUGCUAUUAGAUGACAUUGAAUUAGUGGCCAAAGAGCUGAUCGAAAAUACAGUUGCACCAAAGCAUCAGAAAAUUUCAACAGCUGAACACACCGCGCUAGUGGAUUUACUGGUAUCCAAAGAUGAAGAGUUCAGAAAAAUUUUAGAAUUAGCGGAUGAGCAAGCUAAAAUCGAGCAAAAAAUGGACGAGCUGCGUGCCAAAGUUGAAGUGCAUGAUCGGGAAAUACAAAAGUUGCAAAAAUCACUAAAGGAAGCUGAACUUAUACUUUCUACCGCAAUUUUUCAAGCACGUCAAAAAUUGGCUAGUAUUAAUCAAGCAAAAAAGCGUCCUGUUUCCUCAGAGGAACUCAUCAAAUAUGCUCAUCGCAUUAGUGCCGCGAAUGCGGUGAGUGCACCAUUGACUUGGUGCAUCGGCGAUGUCCGGCGUCCCUACCCAACCGAUAUCGAGAUGCGUAACGGCUUUCUAGGCAAAUCGGAUUUGAACAUAAAUGGUGGCGGCGUGGCACUUCAAAACAACGUGCCGGAUGCACAACGGAGCAUGGCGGAAGUGCCAAACGCAUUUCAGAAUCAAUUCAAUUGGAAUAAUCUCGGUGAGUUACACAUGUCUAUGGGCUCCACAGGCAAUUCUGUAGCGCUGGAAACACGUGCACACAAAGAAGCAUCCCAGGAUGAUGUCGAGGUCAUGUCUACGGACAGUUCCAGCUCUAGUUCGAGUGAUUCACAGUGAAAAGAUUUGAACACAAACAUUUAAAUAGCUAUUUCAGUAUGUACUUUUUUAAUAAAAACAAAAUUAUUAUAUAAAAAAUA